AAGAUAAGGGAUCAAAAAAUUUAAAUUUUUUACAUUUUAUAGAUAUCAUAGAUAAAAGAAGUGCCUUUUCAUAUUAGAUUACAUGCUCGUUAAAUUUCGAGCAUGGAAUAUACCAAUAAUGAAAACGAGCCAAAAUCACGAGUGGGCUUUAAUAACGUUUUGUUUAGUUCAGAAACAAGUGAUAAUUAUUUUCAAUAUGGUGAAAAUAAUGAAAAUGGUCAAGAACCAUCUUCACCUACUUCAACACAACACCAAACAAAACCGAUCUAUCCUAGGACAAGGACCCUCGGGAGAACUGCUUCGUAUAGUAGUUUACUUGCGAACAAAACCGAGAGUUCGAAAACGAGUUCAUCAUCAACUUCACAAAAUGAUCUAUCAAAAAAUCAUGUUCCUGGUGCGACAAAUUUGUAUCAUACAGACGAAUCUCCAACUACAUUAACGAAAACGCCAACAUAUGAAUAUUAUGGAUUCGCACUAUAUUUAUUAUCAUUUAUUGCAUUCGUUAUUUAUUUGUUAUGGGCAUAUUUACCAGAUGAAGUAUUAAUCUCGCUGGGAAUAACUUAUUAUCCGGAUAGGUAUUGGGCACUUGCAUUACCAGUAUGGACAUUUGUAUUAGUAUUAUUCAUAUAUGCAGCAUUUAUAUCAAUAAAUUUCUUGAAUACAAGUCCAUUUGAUUCUUAUAACACCAUAACAGAUGACUAUGCGAACAUAGGACAAAAUUUAUCACAAUUGUCUGGUAUAACGGAUGAUUUUGUACCAGAAUUACAUGAUAUACCGAUUGGUAUUGUUAACGCAUGCUUAUAUCAGAAUGUUGAUGGAUUAGGAUUGUGGGAGGAAUAUGAAGAGGAGAAUAAGAAUAAAGAGAAUAUUUAUGAUAACAAUCAAAAUGUAAAGGGAGGAGGAGGAGAAGAAGAAGGACCCGAAUCCGGUUCGGGAAGUAAAAUAAUAAUCAUAAUAAUAUUAUUAUUAGUAAUAAUCUUUUAUUUACUAGAUAUUCAUUUGAAAAUUUUCGAGUGGUUUUUAAGUAGCGAUUCAAGUUUAGAUGAUUUAUAGGUAAGUAAUUAAUUAAGGUAAGUGAUGGUAAUAAAUAAUAAGCAUUAGAAAAAAUGUAUAAUAAUUUAAUAUUUCAAUAAUUUAAUAUUUUAAUCGAGUAUUUUAAUAUUUAGAUAUACAUAGACUUGAUUUCUCUUUUUUUUCCUUCAAUAGAUUAAUUUAUUUAUUUCUGUACAAAAUUA